UAUCAUAAUCACAAAUAGAUAGAUAUAUGUAAAUGUGUUUAGUUUGUGAGACAAUGGCUCCUUUAGGCAAAAUUAAUCAGUGUGCGUAUCGUGGGUGCAAUAAUGUAAGAAAAUGUAAAAACAAUGUUCUCAGUUUUUUUCAAAUUUCCAAUUUUAAAACCAGUGUUGCUUAGCCAGUGGAUAGAAAAUAUAGGCAAUGCGGAAACAUAUGUUAUGGAUGAAAAUUUAUUAAAAAACAAAGUGGUUUGCGAGAAACAUUUUGACCAAAUAUAUAUUGCAGUAAGUAAUAAGCGAAAGAGACUUUUAAAAUCAGCUGUACCAAUUCCAUGGAAAGAAUCGGCCUCUAAAAACACAAUUUCUUUGCCUGAUACCUCAUGUAACGCUCAAAGCCUUGAGAGUUUAGAUGCAAAAGUUUCAUCAAUAAAUUGGGAAAAUGAUACUACAAUUGAUACAAAUGUAUUGCCUGGCACGCAUAUUCAAGUUGAUAUUUUGCAGCAUAGUUUAAAAAAUGAUAAACAAUUAAAAACUUAUUCUCGUAAGAGGCUUCACGAAGAUGAGAUUGUCGGUGACCAACAUGAAAAAGUUAAACUUGUACGUCACAGUCCCAGUCCUCAAAGCACACAGACAGUUCUAAAGUUCACUGUAGAUUAUCCAGAUACUCCAUCUUCCACAAAAUCUAAUAUUAAAAAAAAAUCAAGAGUUUUAAGUGUUCAGUUAACUUUAAACGUUAACUAACAUUAAAAAAAAAAGUUUAAAGCUCAAAAAAAUAAGUAUUUACGCCUUAAAAAGAAAGCAAAUCUAGCGUCUAAAAACUUUUUGGCAAAUUUACUUAAAGGAAAAAGUACAGCUGUAAAAACACUAAUUAACAUGCAGUUAUCUCCAACGAGGAAAAAAGUUUGGACGACCAAUGAGCGACAUUUGGCACUUUCUCUUUAUUAUAAGUCUUAUUCUUAUUUAUCUUAUUAAAAGCUUAUUGAAUUUUU